GCAGUGUAAGGAGUGGAGCUGGGCGCGGCCAUUGGGGCAUGUUGUAUUGAUUAGCCCCUGGCAGAGGACCCAGAGCAGCACCAGAGGCACAGACUCUCCCCACCACAGGGCUGGAUUAUCUCGGGGUUCACGGUGCUCUGACCGGGGCUGGGGUUUGACUGACACACAGACGCGCACACACACACACACACACACACCCCGAGUGGGGAGAGCCCAGCUGCAUCACUCUGUGGCCAUGAGGUGCCUUGUUACCGGGGGCAAUGUCAAAGUCCUAGGGAAGGCCGUGCACUCUCUGUCCCGCAUCGGAGACGAGCUCUACGUAGACCCCACAGAGGAUGGGCUCUCCCUGCGUGCUGUGAACUCUUCCCGCUCAGCCUACGCCUGCUUCCUGUUCGCCCCGCUCUUCUUCCAGCUUUACGAGGAGGGGAGCCCGGACCCUGAUGGGGAGCCUUUCCGCUGCAAGGUCUUCAUGAAGUCCUUCCUGGGCGUGUUCCGCUCACUGCCCUCCCUAGAGAAGAUGGUGGAGAAGUGUUUGAUUUCCCUGAAUCCCCGGGCCAGCCGGCUGGUCGUGCAGCUGCACUGCAAGUACGGAGUCACCAAGACCCACAACCUGUCAUUCCAAGAGUGCGAAUUGCUACAGGCUGUUUUCGACAAGGAGCUGUGCGCCAACACGCUGCGCGCCCCUGCCCGGGUGCUGGUGGACGCUGUGGUCCAUUUCCCAGUGACGCUGGCCGAGGUGACGCUGGGGGUCAGCCCUGCUGGGAAGGUGAGCUUUCGCAAUUACCUGGAUGAGGAGACAGAGCCGAGCAGGACAAUGGUGACUGAGCUGUGCCUCUCCGAGGACGAGUUCCAGGAUGUCCAGGUGCAGCAGCAGUCCCAUGUCACCUUCUGCCUCAAGGAAUUCCGGGGUCUCCUGAGCUUCGCCGAGUCCUCCAACCUGCCCCUCAACAUCCACUUUGACUCCCCUGGCAGGCCGGCCAUCUUCACUCUGUCGGACCCCCUGCUGGAAGUGCACCUGGUUCUAGCCACCCUGUCAGACCCCAACAGCAGCUCACAAGUCUGCUCCACAACCUUGCAGGCCCGGCCAGCCAAUGGUGCCUUUCCCAUGGCUACCCCUGAUGAUGACUUCAUGGGUGAUGACAUUGAUUCCUAUAUGAUUGCCAUGGAGACCACAUGUGAGGAGGGGCCAGGGCUGCCCUCCAGCCCCACCUUUCCCCAGAGACGCCCCCAUCCGGGCGCUGCCCUGGAGUCAGAGAGCAGCACCAUGGAGAGCGACCUGGAGGGGGCUGUGCCAGGGACACCCCCACAGAAAAAGUUCCGCUCCUUGUUCUUUGGGUCGGUGCUGACCCAGUCUCAGGUUGGGACCCAUCCAGGGCCCAGCCAGGAUGUGCUGGCCGAGGACAGCGAGGGAGAGUCCUGAGAGAUCACCUUCUGCAGCCUGGCUCCAAGCCCCCUCCCCCUAAAAAAGCCCCCAGGAGCCUGCGUUGAGAAGCUGGACUUUACAACCCCAUCACCUCUGCUGGAGCAGGGCAGGAGGACUGGGCAGGGCUGCUGCUUCCGAGCCACUGUGAAUAGACAUGACCCUGUAAAUAAAGCUUUUAUAAUAAGUCUGCUGCCUGCAGAGCUGCUGCUGGGGCUGGAGGGGAAGCUCAGCUCCCACCUCUCCCUGGGCAGAACAACACCCCCAGCCAGUUUGGGUGGGGGAGGAGGGGCUGCAGGCAGGAUCCUUUCCCUCCUGCACCUUGCAGAGGCUGGGCCAGGAGGGGGAGGCAGGCUAUUCCAUUCCCCAAGUGCCUCUUACUGUAGUCAAGCUAGCUGGCUUCCUGCUGCUUGCCUCAGUCUUUCUUGCAGGGCUGGUGGGUUUGAGGCUGGGGCAGGGGAUGUGUAUAUUUCCCCAGCUUGCUCUCUAUGGACUGUCCUCACUCAGGGCAAAUUCCUGGGAGCUGCCGGAGCCCUGUUGCUGGCCGUUAGGGGGCUGGCUAUGGAGCUGGGCUAGUAACGGCUGCAGGCUGAGCGGCUGGGGCAUGUGGUAACCCUCUUACUGCCCCAGGAGCACUAUCCCACCCAGCCCUGGGGCCCAGUAACCAGUCCCCCACCCUUACCUUGGCUAGAAGCCAGGAAAUCUGCAGCUGCCAGUGCUCAGGGUGCCUACCUCAACUGAGGGAAGCUGCCAGCCUAUCCCCCUCUGUUGGGGGGCAUAAACUAGGCAGAGUGGGGGGAUGGGUCCUGCUCCUGGCUGGUAUCAGCCCUACUGGAGGCAGGAAGAGCAGGCCCAUGCUUUCCCCUUGCAGCAACCCCCACCCCCAUUGUAAUAGCUGUGAUACCCCCUCCCAGGCAGCUGAGUUCACCCCCUGAGAUCCUCUGCUACAGUGACCCCCACAUUGCCAUUUCCUCCUCCCACCUUAAUGAGGGGGCAGUCAGGGCUCAGCUGCCUCCGCCACCCUCAACAUCCCCUUCCUGGCAGGGGCCCCUUGGCGCUCCUGGAGCCAUCAAUAACUGCAGGGGCCCCUUGGCGCUCCUGGAGCCAUCAAGGUCCCUGCAGGGGCUGUGGCUCCCUGCUCUCCUCCAUCAUACCAGGAAGGUAGAUCACAGCAUAGUUCAGGGCCCCACUAUAACACCCCCCACCCAUGGUGUAGGGGCAGUACAGCUCUCCCCAAAAGUGGCUGCACAUCAGCACUUUGCCCUGGGGGGGGGGGGGUGUCAAGAGAUGCUGGGGGCUGGAAGGCACAUGCCCCCGCUCACAGGUCAGGCAGGAAUCCCCUGUGGCAUUGGCUGCAGCAGGCAGGAGCUGAGGGGAAAUACCAUUCUCCACUCCCAGGGGUAUUAGAGCCUCAACAUGGGGCAGGACAGGGUAUU